AUGUCCUUGAUCAGCCUGGAGCAGCUCCAGGUCGGAACACAGGUGACGUGCAACGAGACGGAGGAUGAUGCAGACUGGGAGAAUGCCACGCGGCUCUAUCUGGUUCUGGAGCUGAUUCAGCUCCUCGGCCGUCCUGCUGUGAUGGCUGUCGCCGUUGGCAACGAGAUGGAGCUGCUGCAGUUCAAGUCUGCCAAGAUCGUGCCACCCGAGUGCAUCCAGCGAAUUUGGAAGGGAGGCUACUUCUAUGACAAGAUGGUGACGCGCGCUGCUGAUCUGGAUGCCAUUGAAGGCUUCGGCACUGUCCCUCUGACCAGCGUCUUCGGAGGCUACAUCAUGGCUGGCAACCCUUUCGUGGAGACGCCAGGUGGACGGUUUGUGACUGUCAUAUGA